AUGUAAUUAGUUAUCCUAGCAUUAUGUAUCAUUGAAAUAAAUUCUUAUGAUUAUUGGGGUAACGCUUAUUAGGCUUUCAAUUCUACUGUUAUUACAGAUAACGAAGGUUUUAUUAAAAUAUAUUUAGGCUGGUUGAUGCAAGGAAACAAUGGAGCAGAAUUUACUAGUACAUGUGGCACAACGUCAUUGUUUGGAGGUUAUAAUAUAUUAGGAGCUGGGGCAAGUGUUUCAAAAAUAAUUUCUCUGCCUGCUCAUUUUAAAAUAAGGGUUUCUUUAGAAUUUUGGAAGUACUUAUGAUAAUUAGAAUAAAGGAUAGAUAGUUGGGAUAAUGAAAAGUUAUACAUUAUUUUAGAUGAUAGUGUAACUACUGCUUAUUGGUAUUGGGAUACCGGAGUAGUGAUAUGUGGAAAUCCAACUUAAUGGACCGAAUGGAGAGAAGUUAAGACAAUAUUUUCAAUAGAAUUCGAGCACAAUUAACCAACACUUGCAGUAAUAAUUACAACCAAAUUAGAUGAAGCUCCAUUGACAGUAUUUAUUUAAUAUUAUAAGGAAUCCUGGGGAUUUAGAAACUUUCAAGUGGAUGUAUUGUAUUGUGCACCAGGAUGUGUAAUUUGUAGUGGAGAUGCGCCUGAUCAAUGUUGGUAUUAUGCAGAAAUUGAAAAAAAUUGGUUCGAAACAGACAAUUUCAACACUGAUGGCUGGUCCCUUAAUACUUUAUAGGCACUUGCCUAUAGUAACUGUGUUAAAAUAUAGGUAAUGGGAGAAAUUGGUUAAUUUACAGGAACUAAAGAAUUAUAAAAGUAAUAUACUUCUUUGGAUCCUCAUUUUAAAGUUAUCUUACAAGUCCAGGUAUGGAAAUUUGAUGUUUGGAAUGCUAAUUCGUUUCAAAUUGUGAUAGAUGGUUAAGUUUUAGCAACAGAAUUAUUUAAUAAUGAUGAGGUUACUCAAUUAUGUGGUGAUAGUAGUGGAGGAGAAAAGUUGAAAAAUAUUGAGAUUACAUUUUCUCACACAUCUGACAGCAUGUUAAUCAAAAUGAAAUCUGACCUUAUUUUAACGACUGGAUCUUGGGGAGUACGAGCAUUUAGAUUAUUUUUAGGAAAAUGCUAUGAAAAAUGCCUUACUUGUUCAGGACCAAAUUACGAUAACUGCUUAAGUUGUAAAACUGGAUAUUUUUUACAUAAUUUUCAAUGUGAUGAUGGUAUAUUUUUAAUUUUACUUUAGUGAAAUGGAUGUUGGGCUUAUAACAAUAUUUUCAACUCUAGGACUUUCAAAUAUAAGCUGGAUGGACCAUAUCAAAUGUAUUUAAUAAUCAAAAUCCAUUUUAAAUAUGUAAUGGCUAGAAUUUAGUAGGAGGAACGUAAUUAUUCGCUAAAGAUGCUUCAAUAACCUUAAAUUUUGAUCUUCCACGUCACACAAAAAUAAGAAUUAAAUUAGAAUUUUGGAAAUUUGACACCUGGGAUAGAGAAUGGUUUAGAGUAUUUGCAGAUGGAACUUAGGUUUAUGAAAUAUAAUUUGGAUUGAAUGGAGUGUUAAUAAGUUGUGGGACAUAUAGUACAAGCUCCUAUGUAAAAAAUUUAGAUUUUAACUUCCCUCAUAGUUAACAAUCUAUCAUAUUAAAGAUGACAUCUAAUUUAGAUGAGCAACCUGAUAAUGAAUCUUGGGGAAUAAGAAAUUUUGAAUUAUUUUAUGGAGUCCCUAAGGAUUGUAGCUACUCCACCAUUGAUUUAAUUACAUUACCAUCAUUCAUAGGAACUAGUUUUGUAUAAUCAACAUAUUAUUCGUCUGAUCAAACUUUGUAAAAUAAAAUAGAAAUAACUGAACUUGGAAUAUCUCUGCAACCUAGUUUUGAUCAAACAUUCUCAGUUGAUUCCGCAAUAAAAAAAUUGACAAUUUUAAUCACAUGGAACUGCUUCUUAAAUGAUAAAGUUUUUUCAAUUUCUAUUUUAUAAAGCAGUUUUCCAGAUUACCUAAGUUCAACAGCAAUUUGUAAAUAAAAGCAAUCCAAUGUAUUAAGAUCUACUUUGAUUUUAUAAAGGACAAUAGUAUAAGUAUCAACAAUCAAAUUAAUUGCAACUUCAACAUCAUUUUAAAUAUAUUAAAUAGUUGAUGGGCAAAAAACAACAUAAUAUGAAAUGAUAAUUAAUUGA